GAAUCGUUGCUAAAGCAGACUUGGCAACAGAAUUGAUCAUAUGGGUCCCUUUGUUUGGGAUGGCGUUAUGGAUGGCUUUGGAUGAUAAGGAAUGAUAGGUUUAGUGUCACAUGUAAAUCUGAUGGAUGCUCUUAUCCAUCCUCAUCGUCAAAUCAACAGCUUAAACUAUUUUUCUAUAAGUCGACCGAGUAGCUCGCUCAACGAUUCUUCCGAGUCGGAUGCAAUAAUUGAAGAUACUCCAGACUCUCCAGUAGAAACCACCGACUACUCGAGCAAAGCCCCCGAUAUCGGUCAAACAGUGACAAUAGGUCACGACGGUUCUGAGAUAUCUGUGUGCGACACGCAGAGAUUGAACAAACGAGUUUGUUUCUCAUAUCAGGAUGAAUCUGACCCUGACGAAUAUCCUUUUCAUGCUGUAACUUACGGUGAGUCGGAAGGCUGUUGGGGACUUCCUUAUAACGAUCACAAUUAUGCAUCCUACGAACCAAAUCCAGAUCAUAAUAGAUCUGUUGAACCUGAUGAUCGUUUGUCUCUUUUAGCAAAGUUAGCAUUAGCAAAGGAUGAGAAUCCACAGGAUUCAGGAGAAAAGACGUCCAGGACACUCCAGUCUACACUGCGAACCAACUGGAUUCUUGAAGAAAGUUCCACGGUCUCAACAACUAAGUCUGUGGGUUUGGUUGAACUAAACGCGUCGUGCUCAUCAACUAAACGUUCUGUCGUGUGUAACUCAGAAUUAAAUUCUCCCAGUAACGGACAAUCCCUGGUCACAACGACAAGUCACGUUUCUUCCUUGCCUAGUCGAACAAUCUUGAUCUCAACUACCGGUGGGAAUGUAAAUCCUCCCCUACAGAUUCAUCGAGUUAGUUCAUCCCUCACACCACAUGUUAUCUUACGGACUGGUUUGCCUGGUCUUCAAAUUUCUACAACUGCUUCACGUCAAGUUUCUACUGAUAGUAUGGAUUCUGUUCGUUGCGUUUGUGGAAACACGAAUUUGGAUGGUUACCUCGUUCAGUGUAAUCAGUGCAGAAUUUGGCAUCACAGUGAAUGUAUUUCAUCUGCUGGUAAAAACCACUUGUCAACACCAUAUGUUUGCGAAAUAUGCCAGACACAGUCAAAAGCUGUUGCUACUCAGCGACCUCAUUUGACUGCAUUUAACAGUGUUGGAUCAACCACAACUCCUAACAUCCGGAUUUCUCGUGCUCCUAUAGGGACAAAUACAUCUUCAGGACGUGUUUUCUUAACAAAUACGCUCGGAGGUGUGACUCAUCGACAAGUUCACGUUUGCAUCCCAGCAAGCCAAGGGAUGUCUGGUGUUCAGUGUGAAAAUGGCUCUGCUGUAGCCCGCCCUCCAAACUAUGGUCCAUGUGGACGAUCUGUAAGAAGCUCUAAAAGAAAACAAGAUCUGUUAACACUCACUGGUGGAUCAUCCUCUGCAAACGCAGGCAUUGAGGGCUUUUCAAGCUCACCUCCGGUGUUGGAUGACUAUGAUGACUUGUCAAACAUGCGGACAUCUUAUAACACUGAUUUGAAGAGCUGCUUCGUGGAGGGUUCAUUAAACGUAUGUCAAACACAAGGAAGUAAUCCAAUCCCUGUGUCCGAUAAAGUGCAAAUUCGUCAUAGCAGCAUUGUACAUCGUUUAAUUACAGAUUGCCCAAAUAAUAAGGUACAAAAUACAUUUACCCAGAUGAAUGAAGUGUGCCAUACCACCCCUCCUUGUCCAGCACCUGACUCUGUACUAUCUCCUCCAUCAGAUAUUUAUGAAGAAGCCCAAACUCUACAUCUUUCAAGUCGUGUUUGUAAAAAACUCAGUUUAUUGUUUCCUCUGUUUACUGGCAUGGGAGCAGAUUGUGGCGAAAUAGAUGGCAUUUUUAACGAAGAAAUUCCCUCUAAUCUCGAGCGUUUGUUCCGUUAUCAGGUUGUUAGUUUCGACUUUAACCGCAGGGGCCUAAUAGCAAAUGAAGACAUUUGUCCUCGUACGCCGAUUAUUGAGUACCGUGGUAAUUGUUUGUUACUCAGUGAAUACAACGAUAUGUACGACUAUCGUAAACAUUACAAUCCGUUUGUACUGUUUUACAAAUCCUUGCCGAAGUUACCUCUCUGUGUUGAUGCUCGCAAGUAUGGCAAUGAAGCGCGCUUUAUCCGUCGGUCAUGUACGCCUAACUCUGAGGUCCGCCACUGCAUUUCCUUUUCAAAUGAUCAACAUAAUGAACCCGUCCCUCAUCUUCGUCUCGUCGUUGUUGCAUCACGGGUUAUUCCAAAGUCAUCCGAGAUAACUCUACCUUUUGAUUUUGACUAUACAGCCUGUCGAUAUCUUGUUAAGUGUGCAUGUAUUCUUAAAGGCUGUCCGAUUACCCGUUGGUUCCAAAGAAUGAAUCAGUUGAGCAACCCUUUGCGAAGUUCGACUCGCCAUUCGUUGGUGUGCACUCGCAAAUUACCACAUUCACCCCGCUCAUAUGGGGUCAACGGUCAUUCUCGAGGUUUUAGUCUGUUGCAAAACUCCCAGUCCCAUUACGAUGACAAGGAUCCUUCCGAUGAACAGUCAGUUUUGUGUCCUAAAUCUCCCAUAAAUACCACUGUGAGGAACUUCUCCAUUAGUCGAACAGGCCGUUACCUUCCAAGUCCUAUUUCGAAUGAGCGAACUUCAGGAUCACAUCAAGCAGGACCUAACCGAACUACUCGUGGUUACUUAAAUAAAUCAGGCAUUUCAUGUGGAGUUCGUAAUGCUGUUCAUCGGAGAGGUCGUGGACGGGGGCGAUUAAGAAGUUCUAGUUCUCUUGGAGUGCGUAGCAAACGUGAAACAGAGCGACUGUCUUCCAGAAUGGUGUACCUUGGGAAGUCCCAUUCUAAAUCCUUGUCAACUGCCAAAAAACGUCGUUCACAACGUAAUUCCUGUUCUCACAGUGGUCAACAUCCAGUGUCAUCACCUAGUGAUAGUAUUGUAAAUGUAGAUAAGAAAAGAGAUUCGCAUAACUUUCCUAGUAGAAAUGGUUUCUCUUGCGAAAUGGAAUGUUUAGAUAGAUUACGAUCGGUUCCUGUUAAAGCAAGUGACUCUCCACAAAAGUCAUCCAACAUAGAAAAUCAAGGAGAAGUCACUAAUAACACGGAUAUCGGCUGUAAGUCGAAUAAUGAGUUAUUGGGAGAGGAUUUAGAUGCUGACACUGAACCGGAAUAUGAAGUACAACCAGAAAAGUUAACAGAUAGAUCAAUAUGUCGAAAAUAUAUACAGUCUAACUCCCGUCAGGACCGUCUUAAUUCUAAAGAAACAAAAGAGUCUUAUACCUCAAAUAAUUCUCCUAGAUCACCUGAUCUGGAUCAUGUAAAAGCUGAAAUACACGAAAGUCAUAUUUUUAAGCGCAAAUCUGCUGAUUCAUCAUCACUUGUUGACCGUGGAAAACGGCGUUCACAGAUGAGCACCUUCGAUGAUCAUGUUUCUAAAUCACGCAAAAGAAGUACUUCACUUGAAGAAAAAGAAGACAAGAAAUCAAAGGAAGAUGUAUGGAUGGCUGAAGUAUUACGUCGCAUAGAGCGUAUGGAAAAAAAACGAUUAAAGCAACGCGUGUCUUCGAUCAGUUUAAAAAAUAGUCAAAACACUGAUUGCACUAGAAAUGACUCAAACCAGUUUUCUCCCCCUGAAAAAUCUCCUGAACCUGACUCAGUUUCAGACAAUAACGAUGUUAAGUCAACAGAUGGUGCAAUGGAGACUGGUGGAAGUUCUGAUAUUAACUCAAAAGCAUUAGAAUGUGAUAAAGAUAUUAAAGAUGUUAUCACCGAUGAGACCCACUCUGAUCAUGUAGAACCUACAGACAUUUUUGAAAAGCCUGAGCUGUUUGAUUGUGAAUCAAAUCAUUGUUCUGGUUUAUCACAAAAUAUCAAACAAAAUAGAAGUAUAUCUCCAUCCAAGGCUUGUAAUCAAGAUAUUUCGGAAGAAAGCGAUACAUGUUUUCAAAGAAAGCAGUUAAAACAAUUCACUGGGUCCAAGUUUAAGUACCAAAAACGCUGUUCUGUCAGUCACAAACAGAGACGCCGGCGUUCCCAAGCAGCUAUGUUAUCUGAUAGCCUGUCAUCCGUUGAUCAAGGUGGUUCACGCGAAGACCGUUGGCUUCAAAUGCAACUUCGACGUAUCGCUGAAUUAAAUGAUCAUCAGGAAGUAUCACAACUCACUUCAGACAUGGAGAAUAUGUCUGAUAAAAGUCAUAUGUCAUCGGGUAAUCAUAUUAAAGAUGGAUCAAAUAUGAGAAUUACACUUUUUGAAGCUUUGGGUGUUAAAAGUGAAUCAUCAAAAAAUGAUCGUAACCCAAAUAGUUGUCUUCAGCAUUUAUCACCCAGUUUGUCUAAAUUCAGUAUCGCCUCUGGUUGUGAUACGGCAGUUUUUACGAGUGGUAAUGAAUCAUCUAAUCAGAUCAAUAGUAAUCAACAAGCUCUCGAUUCUGAAGCUGAUUGUGGUUUUAUAGUUUAUAGAACACGAGAAAAAGAUCCAAUGGCUAAAUUUAGCAGGACUCGUUCACUUGAUAUGCAUUCCUUGUUAUCAACAAUUCAUGAUGAAAUAUCUGGAAAAACAGUAACCGACACUCGACAAGAUGUUUAUACAUCUGUUGACGAUAUGUCAACAUCUUGUUUGACGCAACCAUUUCUGCACCAAACUCCUAGACCUACAAAGAAACGGUGGUUAUCUCGGGCUCUAAUGGAGGAAGAUGUCGAAUUAUCUAACAAUAAUUUUUCAAACUGUUCCCACUCAAUUAAUCAUUCACUAUCCACUAAAUCAGAUUCAUCUUUAGUCAUGCAAAAUUCAUGUGCUACGCCAGUUAAUCCGAAAAAGAGGAUUAUCUCCCGACUUUCCGGGAUCUCUGAAGACCUACCUAUUUGUACGUAUUUCGAAAGCGAUGAUAAUCUCAAAAAAGAAAGCGUCACAAUUUUGUCUGAUCGUUUAGCGAACAAUCCAGAUGAUGAACAGGUGGUUUGCAAUCCAGAAUCUAAAGUUAUUUCAGAGUCACAAGAAGAUCCUGAGUUUUGCGAUGGUCUAUCAACUCAUCUGGCUCCUUUGAUUAGAUUUUUAAUACAUUUCUCUUACUUGGUAGCUUCCUCCGAAGAAAGCUACAGUAAAGCAACAAGCUGAAGAGUUGCGAUUGCAAGAGAUACGUAAAGUUCGUGUUUCCCUCUCUGAAUAUCGUCGACGUCGUGGUCUGCCAGCCCUCACACCCGCUACGGAACGAAAUCAUAAGCAGACGAAAGAGCCGCUAGAUCAAUCAAACGGUAAUAUUGAUAAUUUAGAAAUUAUAAUCCCACCAACUCUGAUUAGUCCUGACCGACUUCUAAUAACGCUCCCAAAUCUUCACAAUGAGUCAAGGCCAUCCUCUGACGUAAAAAGUUCUGAUGGAUUACUGCAAAAAAUUACAACAUUGAAUAUGAAACCUGAGGUUCUUCAUGAUUACAAUCAACCCCUAUCACCUUACACAAAUACACCAAAAAGAUGUGAAUUCGAUAACGAACGUGAUUUUAUUGAUGCAAAAGUAAGUGAACGUGGACCUCGAACACCAAGCGAGCCACCAGAUGAUGACGAUGAUGAAGAUAUCGGGGUCGAUUCUAUAAAUCCCGUUAGUAGAGGUGCUCUUAGUAGUUCUCCUGAACCGUUCAUAAGAUUUCCUGGUAAAGUGCUUUCUUCUCACAGCUCACCAACAUCUACAUUCUCGGACUCUCGUAUAGCCUCAGAAAAGCUACCUUUCAGGAACAGUUCACCUCCAGAUGUGAAUUCUAGCAAAUUUUCUGAUUCGUGCUUCCAGGCUAACAUGAUUGCUUCUUCGAAACAAAUUAAUCGUGAAAAUCUUUUACAUGACAUCGAUCAUGCUAAGGAGUACGAUCAAGAUCGUAUUGGGUCCGAAGUUGUAGAUCACAAGCCUUCAGUUAAUAUACCAGUUUCUACUAAACAAGUACAUUUUGAUAGACUGGCUCAUUACUAUAAGAAAACAUUUAACUUAGAUGAUUCUCAACAUCUGUAUGGUUUGGUGAUUUCCACAGGGACUCCACCGCCCCCACCUCCUCCUCCUAUUCCUUCAUUCUCCGGACAUCCAGCGUCUUCAAACAGUCCGGUUGCUCCGUCGUAUGAUAUCGAGAAGAAUCCAGAAGAUAAUCCAACUCAUCUAUCUGGGUCAUUGGAAUACUUCAUACAACGCGAUAACGAGAUACGUGUGUGGCAAGAAACGCGAUCUUAUGAACGAGAAAAACGUAACACUUCUCCAUGGCAUCACCGGGUUUCCAGUCAGCCUUACUUAAAUACAAAGAAGUUUUGCACAAUCUCUAAACAUCCCUCAAAGUAUUAUAAAAAUGAAGGCUUUUUCUUUUAUCCUGAUGUCGUUACUGGUCAUUUCGACAAUGUCGAACAAACCCUACUGCGCAUCAGAGAUAGUUUGCAAGCUCAAUUAGAUCUAACUAAAGUGGGUUGUGCUUCACAAAAAAUGAACUCAAACAACGAUCGCUCAUCAACAAACAAUAACGGGGCUGUAUGUUGAUAUUAAUAUGAAGCAGAUUAUCCAACUAUUUGAUACUACAAUGUAUACAUAAACACGGAUCACUUACAAUCUUUUCUGAUAUUAAAUCCAAUCAUUUUCAGUUAAUGGUGAUUUUUUUGUGACCUGGGUUUUCAUAUUAUCUUAUUCUCGUUCAAUAAUCUCAGAGUUCACUAUCCCCAGACCCAGUUUAUCUAAGCAUUUUUGUACAGAUUCUUAUUUUGAUACAUUAAGUUUAUCUAAACCAAUGUCAUAUUUUUCAUCUUAAGUAACAUUUUAAAUUUUGUAAAUAAACUACGAACAUACUAUGUUAUGGUUAUCAAGCCUUCCACAGAGAAUUCACUUAAAUUGUUAUUGAUUCAUGUAUGUAUCUUGCUUGUGUUUCUUCUAUUCUUUUAUCAACAUACCUCAUUAUCUUGGUGCUCCAGUAGAUUGCCGGUUUUCAAAUGUACCAUAAUAUCCGGUAAUCAGUUUUUAUUGGACAACAGUCCAGUUAAUACUUUUUAGCUGUACAACGAAUUAUUUCCUAAUUAUAUAUCAAAGUAUAUUCAUAUAAAUGCCAAUCAUGUAUUGGCGUGAACUGCUGUUCAACAUUUUAAUAAAUCAGUCAUCUCAUAUUCAUUACUAUAUUUAAUUUCUUUAACCCUUUGCAUUUCAUAUUGAUAUUAAUAUUCCAAAACUAUUGAUCCCGGUCGUUUUGUCAUCACUUUCAAGUUACAUGUAAAAUUACUGCAGGCAGUUUCAGUAUGCCUAAACGACUUUGUUUCAAUUUGAAAUCUUGUAAAUCUUUGAUUUUUUCAUAUGAAUAUUUUAAUCAUUUUACUCUGAUUUGCGUUCGUUUAAAUGAACAUUUAUCUUGUGUAUGUUGUAUAAAUGAGGUAUUUUUUGUUUAUUGUGCAAGUAAUGAAUGUUGUACAUCUGUUUGAUCGUAUUUCCUGCCUUCGCCCGUAAUUUGGUUCGUCAUUGUUUCUUUUGAUUUCAUAUGUCAAGGCAGCGGCUUCUUGUUCUUAUUUCCUCUCAUUUGUUCAUGCUGAUAUAUUUCUUCACAUAUAUAGGAACUGCUUGAUCUAAUAAAAUGCCGAUAAUAUACAUGU